UACAAGUGUGUCGCGCAAGCAGAUAGGUUUAUCGACAUAUGCUGUGCAUCGUCGUAACGGUCACAUAACCGCGUCCCUACCAAUUCCGUCUCAUUUACUUCGUCGCGCGCCGCGCGCACACAUCUCUGCGGGAGGAACGUCGAGGAAGAGCGUGUCAAAGAUCGGAGAUAAACUUAUACAGCUCUUUCACAUCAUCGUAUGAUAAUACGAUUCACGACAAGCCACGACCGACCAUCAUGAACAUCAACUUCGAAGGAAAGCGUAUUCUCGUGACCGGCGCUGGUCAAGGUAUCGGCAGAGAUCUGGCUCUGCGUCUCUCGAAGUACGGAGGACAGGUGUUCGCACUGUCGAAGACACAGAAGAACUUGGAGAACUUAGCCGCGGCUAGCCCAAAGAUUCGGACGAUCUGUGUUGAUCUUCGCGACUGGGACGCGACCAGGAAGGCUGUGCAGAGUGUCUUGCCGAUCGAUCUCCUAGUCAACAAUGCCGGCGUCGCCGUCUUGUCACCAUUUUUGGACGCCACGCCCGAGCAGUUCGACCUGAUUAUCGAUGUCAAUGUGAAGGCUAUAUUGAACGUGUCUCAGAUUGUAGCUAGGGGCAUGAUCGAGCGGAAAAGUGGCGGCAGCAUCGUAAAUAUAUCGUCGCAGGCCAGUCAGGCGGCACUCAAGGAUCACGCCGUUUAUUGCACAUCCAAAGCCGCUGUUGAUAUGUUAUCAAAGGCAAUGGCUAACGAAUUAGGUCCGCACAAUAUAAGGGUCAACACUGUGAAUCCUACGGUCAUUAUGACAGAAAUGGGAAAGUUGGGUUGGAGCGAUCCACAGAAGGCACAAGAGAUGUUGAGCAAAAUUCCACUUGGUCGAUUCGGCGAGGUUGACGAGGUGGUGGAUGCUAUUGUAUACUUAUUGAGUGACCGAAGUUCUAUGAUCAACGGAGUCUGCUUGCCCAUUGACGGUGGUUUCUUAGCUACAUAAAUCAACGAUAAUUCGUCAUCUUGAAGAAAAAAACAUUUGAUCGUUAUAGGCAGAUAGAUAUAUGUUCUUAAAGCUUCUGAUUCUUAGCCGCGAAACUCCUGAUUGGUAAUAUUAGAAGUGAGAAAACUACUACAUGCCCAAAAUUCUUACGUGCGAUUUUCAAAGAAAAAAUAUUUGUAUGAAAGUACACUUGAGAUCAUUUGUACAUUUUUGUAAAAUGCUUUGGAAACCGUUCUUUUCCCUUGAUAAUAAAUAAAUAGUAUAGAGCACUUCGUGAAGAAAUGUGAAAUAACAAGGAAAUGGUUCAAAGAUUUGGGAAAAGAUGAGGAAGAAAGAAUAAAGAGAGGAUUUGGAAUGAAGUGUUAGAUGGAAAAAGUAAUCAGUAAAUUAUGAACAGAAAAAGAAAAAGCAAAGAAAUUAAAGAAAAAUGGAGAAAGAAAUGGAAAGUAUAAUGGAUGAAGAGAUAUAAUGUACAAAGUUUGAAUUAGGUAGAUUUAGAAGAGAUUAGAUUAAGUUAGGUAGGACUUCCGUUUCCGGAGUGGAUGUGCGUGGACGUGUAGGCUAGAAGUUGAUUAAGUUAGGUAGAAGCGAAUGAAUGCAGGGAUAUAUGCGUGGAAUGGAUGAAUGAGCUAAGGAAUAAAUUGUAAACUAAAUCCCUACUUCUUGGCUUAAGCUGAAGUAAGAAUAAAUUGAUUGAUAAUAAAUAAAUAGCUGUAAAAUUAACGUGACAAAAUAAUGAGAAACGAGUUAAAGAGAAAAGUUGUGUGUCACGUUUUACAACUGUAAAUAGUUUUCGGAGUAUUUUAUAGAUUAGCUCAAGUGAUCUGAAAUGUGUUCUCUCAUUUAAAUAUCUUUUUAUACUGAAUAUAUUUAAAUAUCUUUUUAUUUAAAAAUAGCAAGAAUAUUCAGCGUGUCGUUUCUCCCCUCUAACGCCAUAAUCCAACAUUAUCGCGGCAAGCAACCAGGAGUCUUAAAAUUUAUGACCUGUGAAAAUCAAUAAAGUUACAUGUCUGCGCGUUUUGAAAGUAACCACACUGUUUACAUACUACGUUUAAAAUAAGGACGUGGAAAGGAAAUAAACAAUUGAUUAUUAUUGAUUAGUACUGAGGAUAAACUUGGAUGGAGUUGAUGAGUGAAGAGCCACGUGAGCUUCGUUCAUUUCGUUUAAUUUAAAAAAUGCUUCGUUUCCUCUUUUCUUCAUCUCCAACUAGGUUCGACAAACAGGCGGCGACAGAGGAGGCCGCGAAAGGACGAGACACGGACACGCCUGAACGCGGAUACGCUCCCGCCGAGUAUUUUCGAAAAUAUCCUACCGAAAUGCAGUGCACGCACGUGAUUCGCGAGACCUCCUCUGUCGCGGCUACACUCGAUCUAAGAACGCGAACGCUUCUUUCGGCUCCUAAUUUGCUCCUACGGUAAACAUAACGUGGCGGAGAAACUAAGACGGCCUGCUGAGAAGGAAACAAUACAAAUUCUUGAUCUUGCACACACACACACACACACAUUCUUUUUUUUUCUCUCUCUCUCUCUCUCUCUUUCUCUUUCUCUCUCUCACGACUUGCCGCUGACGAGAUGUAUUUCAAUUUCGUUCCGCACGGCUAGACGCUACAUCGGGUGUACGAACUAAGUGCCGAAUGCGAAACGCGAACUUAAUUAGGACACGUAGCCUCCCGUAAUUGCCUUUCCAAUCGUGAAACAUGUCUGAACAACACUGACACUCGGUAAUACAUUCUUAUUCUCGAAGCAGACUCGCACACUCGUCGAGACGGCGAGUCCUCCGACCGUCAAAACGCACUAAACAACUUGCAAUCGCUAUCCACCGGCUCCUCCAGUCGAAACUUGAGCGAGCGUAACGCCGUCGCGUCUUGUAUUUUACGUCAGCCGUUCCUCGCUCUUUUUAUAUAACUAUACAGUUUCGGCCAGAGUGGAGCGCGAGGCGAAGGUCAAAUUUCCUAACGUCGCUCAUCUCGUGUGACGUGAUCUCCCUGAUAUCGUGAACGUUGUCAGGGAGCGAACGAUAGCUUUAAUUUAUACAACAUCAUUCUCGCAAUUUAUUGCAGAUCAACAGGCAGAGUGCUAUCCCUGCCGUUUCACGCCCUUGUCUCCCCUCGACAAGUAUCGCUGGUGAACCAAGCGUUUAUCGUCGUCGAACAAGCGUCGUACGGUAAUGACGAUUUCUCCUCGUUUCUUCCUUCUUGUUACAAUUAAAUAGUUCACUGUUCUUAGGCGAAGAUGUGAUAUAUACGUUGAUGCAAGUGCUAUACAUAAAAAUGAUCAAUCACGGUGAUCUUGAAUCAACAAGGGCGGGAUGCAACAGGAGGAAACUACACUCUGCGGUGCAACGAAAGAUGCACAGUACACUUAGAAUACAUCGAUCGCGAAUUAUCAUCGACACCUGCCGUAAUCGUCGUGACGUCUUAUCGCCGAGGGAGGCCAUCGGAGUUAUUCGUCGCUUCUUUCAAAUCGACUGGAGCCCCUCAAUGUGAACUCCCACGUGCUCGCAAGAACUCGUCACGUACGUAUUCGCGAAAGCUUUCCUAGGCCGGCCGAACAAGCAUGUACGUUUCAUAACUAUAACCCACAAUUGCGCAACAAAAAAAAACGCAUUCUCUCUCAGUAAUUACAGCUUUCGGAGCGACAGUUCGCAUCUCCCUCGUGGCCUGGAAACGCAGGACCAACCGCAGGAUGUGGAAACAAAUUAUCGGCCGCUGAGCAUGUUAUCAAAAGUUGCCCGGAUAUCAAUUUCGUUUGUCAUCAGUCAGAAGAUUGAAGUCUUCAGUCAAGAGAAAAUUAGUACGAUUCUUCAUGUAAUAACAAACGCAAACAUUUUAUUAAGCAAAUAGAUGGUUUUUAUACACAAAGAGGAAAGUUUGGUGAAUGGAUUUCCUCAUUCUCUUAGAGAAAUUAAUUUCACAUUAAUACACCAAAAAAUUUUCUUUCUAUAUAUUUAUAUAAAAACCAUCUCAAUACAAGGUGAAUCAAUAACUGUUGUCAUUGAUGUCAGAUCAUCUUGAAUAUCUUCGAAACAAGAAAUGAAGGUAAUCUUCAGAUUUUCAAAGCUUUCUAUUUGUAGAAAAAAACUUAUUGUGGUAGAGUUAUUCUUUUUUCUGGAUACAGUUUCGAGGACUUUAAGGUUCUUUCUGCUUCAAAGAUAUUCAAGUAUAUUAUUGUUAUUGACUCACUCUGCAUAUUUUUACUCAAGAAAGUCGUUUACCCCACUACAAAAUGCGUUAAAUCUGAUAAAUUCUUUAAAUGUUUCUUGAUAGUUAUGUACUGAUUGUAAAAUAUUUCCUCCCACAAGUGAAUCUUGAUAAAAAAAAAAAAAAGAAAUUGCAACUCGUGAGAGAAACAUCUGUAUAACAAUGUUGAGUAAGACAGAAAAGUGAGAUUUGGAGUCCUGAUUCAUUAAAAUUUGUCAAAUAUCAUUUUCUACGAUUAUACACGUAAAAGCGAGCCUUCUGUAAGUCAAUUAAAUUUGAAGAGGGCGUUCAAAGCGAGAAUAUAAUAAAUCCAUCACUUGUAAGGUA